AUGUCACAAGGAACAAUUUACUUAGUACUCGCCUCCCCAAGAUCAUCUUUAUUCAAGGAUCUGAUUGAAUAUUACGGUCUCGAUAUCAAGAUCUCUGACACUUCCGACCCAGAGUUUGCGAAGACAUUUCCCUUGAAGAGAACUCCCUCCUUCAAAGGUCCUGAUUUCGUACUACAUGAAGCUUUGGCAAUAUUUGUGUAUAUCACUUCGUUGAUUCCUCAAAACCAUGGGCUGUACGGUUCUUCCAACUUGGAUUACGCCCAAACCAUCAAGUGGCUAUCCUUCACUGCGUCUGAGAUCAUAUCUGGCUUAGUUCAAGCACUGUAUCCGCUCAUCGGAAACCUGCCAUACUCCAAAGAUGGCGUUGACCAGGCACUCAAAGAUUUGGAGUCGUAUGUUGCUGUUUAUGAAACCCAGUUAAAGCAAACGAAGUAUCUUGUUGGCGAUAAGAUUACUUUGGCUGAUCUGUUUGCUGUUCAGUCUAUCAGGUGGGGAUUACAAUAUAUUUGGGACGUCAAUUGGUUGAAACAACAUCCAUUGAUUGAUGCCUGGUUCAAGGAUGUUACUCAACAUCCAAUCAUCGUCAAAUCUCUUGGAGAUUUCAAGCCGUUGCAGAAGGCUCUUCCUAAUGCUCCUCCUAAGGGCAAUUAG